AAGCCCAGAAGCGAAUUAGCAAACACACGGUUAAGACGUCUCGAUAACGUGAUAAUUUGAGAGGACUUAGCCGAAUUUCCGUAGUUACGCGAGAUCCUUGUGCGAUCUAACGGGCGUUCGUGCAUUCGAUUGACGUGAUUGCAAUCAACUAUCGCACUAAAUCAAUUUAUCGAUGGUUAAGUUGUAAAACAUUUAAGCAAUCCGUUCGACACUCGAAAAUUAUUGUGUAGCCUCAGUAGUCGCGUAGUGUGAGUAAACGCGUGGCACCUCGGCAGUACCUUUAGAGAAACUUUAAUUGUUCACCAUUGUAUCGGACAGGGUUGGUAUUAUCACGAUGGCAACUGGUUUCGACAACAGCACCGUGCAGCACGCUCAACAGGAGUUGACCAGCGAAGAUAAGAAAUAUGCAGCGGAAAAUUUGAACGAGACCGACGAGACUAGAAGGAAUGCUGUCGCGGAAAUUAAACACUGGAUCGAAGAAAGCGAUGAUUUGCCCGUACAAAAUGGUGAUUUUCUCAUUCUACGAUUUCUGAGAACUUGCAAAUUUGAUGUCGAGCAAACUAAGGACAGGAUUCGAAACUAUUACCAGCAGCAAUCCGAUUUAUCGGAGUGGUAUACAAACAAGGAUCCGUUUCGACCGGAAAUGCAAGAGCUGCUUGAUCUGGGAAUAUUUGUACCUCUGCGAAAGCCGGACAGUCAAGGAAGAAUCGUUUUUCUGAUACGCCCAACUCUGAAUGACCCGAAUGUACACGAAAUACCAAAUAUAAUAAAGAUCUGUUUAUUGACGGUAGAAACGGCGAUGAAGUAUUAUCCCGCAGGAUCUAUAUAUGGUGUGGCAUUCUAUAUAGAUGGAUCCAAUCCAACUGUGCGCCACAUUUUACAAUUCUCUCCCUUUGUGUUAAAAAAUAUAGCCCAUUUAUGGCAGAAGUGCUAUCCUAUGAGAUGUCAAAAGAUUGUUUUUUUUAACAUAUCAAAAAUCCUUAAUGUUCUUAUUAGAACUUUCAGAUUUUUUUUAACAGAAAAGUUAAAAAAUAGACUUUACGUCUAUUCAAACCAAAAGUGUUUUGAAGAUAUUCCAUCUGAUACCUUGCCUAUCGAAUAUGACGGUACGAAUGGGACAAUGCAGGAACUAAUAGAAUAUUGGAAAAAAUUGAUCGAGAAGAAUUGCGACUGGAUUAUGAAGGAUGAGCAUGGCCAAAGUAACGAGAUAGUUGAACCUAUAAAGGAAGAUUUUCAACAAACACAUUUAUAACUCGCACACACAUCACAUAAAAUGAUAUUGCAUAAUUCUUUAUGAAGAAUCGCGACUGAUUUAUGGAGGAUGAGAAUGGCCAAAGUACCGAUUUCGCGCCAGAUUUUUCAAUUCUCUCCCUUUGUGUUAAAAAAUGUAGCCCAUUUAUGGCAGAAGUGCUAUCCUAUGAGAUAUCAAAAAAUUGUUUUUUUUUACGCAUCAUCAAUCCUUAAUGUUCUUAUUAGCACUUUCAGACUUUUUCUGACAGAAAAGUUAAAAAAUAGAUUUUACGUGUAUUCAGACCAAAAGUGUUUUGAAGAUAUUCCAUCUGAUACCUUGCCUAUCGAAUAUGGCGGUACGAAUGGGACAAUGCAGGAACUAAUAGGUAAUUACGGUAAAGUAAAUAAAUAUUAAUGCAAUACUGGAUAAUGUAAAGUAAAGGAUAUUUUUUAUAAAAUAAGUAUGGAGAAAACAUAAACGUCCCACAAUUAAUACAAGCUAUUGCUUAAGCGACAAUCAUUAAAAGUUUGUUGAGAAUUUUUCGAAAAUUAAGUCUAUUAAAUAUGUAUAUUAAAUAUAUAUUUAAGUUAAUAUAUAAUUGGAUACAUAUAAGUAAUAUAAAUAUUUAUUUUUACAGAAUAUUGGAAAAAAUUGAUCGAGAAGAAUCGCGACUGGCUUAUGGAGGAAGAGAAUAGCCAAAGUAUCGAGAUAGAACCUAUAGAGGAAGAUUUUCAGCAAACAUAUUUAUAACUUGCACAAAAAUCACGUAAAAUCAUAUUGCAUCACUCUUUAUAAAGAAUCGCGACUGAUUUAUGGAGGAUGAGAAUGGCCAAAGUAUCGAUACUUCGGCCAUUCUCAUCCUCCAUAAAUCAGUCGCGAUUCUUCAUAAAGAGUUAUGCAAUAUGAUUUUAUGUGAUUUUAGUGCAAGUUAUAAAUAUGUUUGCUGAAAAUCUUCCUCUAUAGGUUCUAUCUCGAUACUUGGGCUAUUCUCAUCCUCCAUAAUCCAGUCGCGAUUCUUCUCGAUCAAUUUUUUCCAAUAUUCUGUAAAAAUAAAUAUUUAUAUAAAAUCUUCCUCUAUAGGUUCAAUUGUCUCGAUACUUUGGCCAUUCUCAUCUAUAGUCAGAUUUUUGUUCACGUAACUUUUAACAUAACUAAAUUAAUUUUAUAAACCAUCAACUUUAACUUAAUUUAGUUAAAACAAAAUGUAUUAAUUUACCCAACCCUGUAUACGCAGUAUAUGUUUAGUAUAAUAUUAAAAUAAAGUGUGCUAAUAAUUAUACAAUGUUCCAUCAAAUUUCUUUUUGUAUUAUAAAUAAUUAUGUUUAACGCAAUAUUACUAAAAAAAAAAAAAAAAAUUGUAAAACUCCAAAUGAUUUGAGUAAUCGACGAUUG